AUGGGGAAACCAGCUAAAUAUAACAGUGAAUUUUCUAAGCUAAAAGUUUUUUUUGUAAUGAGCUAUGAUCUUCUCUUUACUGAUGAAGAGGUGGCUCCUAGUUUAAGUAAAGGUGAAACGCACAUCUCCGAUCAGUUUGAUAACUUGGACAAGCAUACGCAGUGGGGCAUUGACUUCUUGGAGAAAUAUGCAAAAUUUGUAAAAGAAAGGAUAGAAAUUGAGCAAAACUAUGCAAAACAACUGAGAAAUCUGGUUAAGAAGUACUGUCCUAAACGUUCACCCAAAGAUGAGGAACCCAGGUUUACUUCGUGUAUUGCCUUUUUUAACAUCCUUAAUGAGUUGAAUGACUAUGCAGGACAACGAGAAGUAGUUGCAGAAGAAAUGGGACAUAGAGUGUACGGAGAAUUGAUGAGAUAUUCUCAUGAUCUGAAAACUGAGAGAAAAAUGCAUCUUCAGGAAGGGCGAAAGGCUCAACAGUAUCUGGACAUGUGCUGGAAACAGAUGGAUAAUAGCAAAAAGAAAUUUGAGAGAGAAUGCAGGGAGGCAGAAAAGGCACAGCAAAGCUACGAAAGACUGGACAACGACACUAACGCGACAAAGGCUGAUGUUGAGAAGGCUAAGCAACAGUUAAACCUGCGCACACAUAUGGCUGAUGAAAACAAAAAUGAAUAUGCUGCACAACUACAGAAUUUUAACGGGGAACAGCACAAACACUAUUAUAUCGUCAUUCCUCAGAUUUAUAAGCAACUUCAAGAAAUGGAUGAAAGAAGGACUAUCAAACUUAGUGAAUGUUACAAAGGCUUUGCCGACUCUGAGCGCAAGGUUAUUCCGAUUAUCUCUAAAUGUUUAGAAGGGAUGAUCCUUGCAGCAAAAUCAGUUGAUGAACAUAGAGACUCUCAACUAGUGAUAGACUGCUUCAAAUCCGGUUUUGAACCUCCUGGAGAUUUUCCAUUUGAAGAUUACAGUCAGAAUAUUUACAGAACUAUCUCUGACGGAACCAUCAGUACACCAAAGCAGGAAGGAAUGAGAAUUGAUUCAAAAACUACAGUGGGCAAGGCUAAAGGAAAGCUGUGGCUAUUUGGAAAGAAGCCAAAGCCACAAUCCCCACCCCUAACCCCUACUAGUUUAUACACAUCCAGUACUCCUAAUGGGUCCCAGUAUCCCAUAUUCUCCAUUGAACCAGUGCAUUAUUGCAUGAGUGACAUAAAAACAGGGAAGCCCAGAAUUCCUUCUUUCAGAAGCCUCAAAAGAGGGGGCCCUGCACUAGAAGACUUCAGCCAUCUCCCUCCAGAACAACGACGCAAGAAACUGCAACAGAGAAUCGAUGAACUCAACAGAGAACUACAGAAGGAAACAGACCAAAAAGAUGCCCUCAUCAAGAUGAAGGACGUUUAUGAAAAAAAUCCCCAGAUGGGUGAUCCAGGCAGUUUGCAACCAAAAUUAACUGAGACUAUGAGCAACAUGGACCGUCUUCGGAUGGAAAUACACAAGAAUGAGGCCUGGCUCUCUGAAGUUGAAGGUAAAGUAGCAGCCAGAAGCGACAGGCGGCACAGCAGUGAUAUCAACCACCUUGUAACGCAGGGCAGAGAGAGCCCUGAAGGGAGUUACACGGAUGAUGCAAAUCAGGAAGUUCGAGGCCCACCACAGCAACACGCACAUCCAAAUGAGUUUGAUGAUGAGUUUGAAGAUGAUGAUCCGUUACCAGCUAUAGGACAUUGCAAGGCAAUAUAUCCGUUUGAUGGUCAUAAUGAAGGCACUCUAGCAAUGAAAGAAGGGGAAAUUUUGUACAUUAUUGAGGAGGACAAAGGAGAUGGGUGGACAAGAGCUCGAAGACAUAAUGGAGAGGAAGGCUAUGUGCCAACAUCAUAUAUAGAUGUAACGCUAGAGAAAAACAGCAAAGGUUCCUGAAGCGGGUUUCUGAGAAAAUGGGCGAGAUCUUGAAGGAGGUUACAUGCAGCUGCUGGGGGGGUGGGGGUGGGGCGGGGUAUUAGACUGGGAGGCCCAAGGGGAAAAGCUAGUUGCAUGAAUGCAUGCAGACAUACAUUUAGUCACUAACAUCUUAGCAUCUCCAUGCAUAGGUAAGGAUGUAUUACAAAUUCUUCCAUUUGUGCAGGAAAGCAGAGUUCCAUUGCCAGAGCAAAAAGGCUACUGCUCCUAAAAUUGCUUUAUUUUCAUUGUCCUAGGUUGUCCCAGACGCACAAACGAUAUUUUAGCUUGUGCUAUGUUUUGGUUAUCUCAAUCAUGCUCUUUUCCAACUCAUUUUAAUUGGCAGUCAUUUAGAACCAUGUGUCAGUUAUCGGUCUGCCUGUGCCACCUCCAUGCUCGCCCUUAACCUCCUCCUGCAUGCCUAGGACAGUCGGGCAUGUCUGCAUAACACUUUGCCAUCGUUGCUUGUCUUAUUUUGUAACAAAUCAUUUUGUUUAAAUAUCUUCAGCACUAGAGUUUCAUCCCAGUAUCCAUGUAUGCUGCUAUAACUAUACCACUGCAACCAUCAUUACAUUCCAGUUUUUGGCAUAACUGAUAAGAGACCAAAAUGUAUUUGUGUUGAUCUGGGGAAAAAAUAACAUCUCAGCUCUAGCCUACAAUGCAAUCAAGAGAAGCUCCUAGAACUGCGGUCCAUCUUCAGCACUUCAGUAACCUGUUGUGAGCACUGAAAACCUGGAACACCACCAGAGAGAUUUCACCACUGCAAGCUAAUGACUGUUUUCAGAAGUCAACCACUUGCCAUUCAAAUGCUGCCUUAAACUAGAGUGCCUAAAUCUGUUGGUUGCCAACACUACCACUUACAGUAUCCCACAAAGGGCUUUGUGUCUCAGCUCUUUCCACAGUGCUGCAGCUGCUGAGGUAGCCACGGUAGGUGUUUUCUAGAGCUCCACUUUACUGGAUACAUGGUGCGUCAUGAAUUUUAUACAUUGAAACGUGUAUCUCCUCAUUUGACUUUAAUAUUUUUAAAAAUAUUUUUAUGGAAACUGUCUUUUAGUUUUUGACUAUGAAGUUCCAAUUUUAAUUACUGCAGUGCUAGUCCAUUUCCAGGUGAUGCUUCAUUGUAUGGACCAGUUGAAAUUUGAGUGAUACUUCGUAAUGAUCUAUGUGCACUUUUACUUGUAAACAAUUGAAAUUUGGAUAUGUUUAUACGUGUAAAUAUAGUUGUCUGCAGUGCCCCUAUUGCUUAUGUUGUCUUGCCUCCCAUUUGUGGUUCCAUUAAUAACUACAUCGUAUCUGAUUUAUUAGGGUGAUAAGAAUUAGACUAGAGAUGUUGGGGGGAGGGAUACUUGUAUCAAAGCAAGCUUGUCAACCCAGCCGCCUGCUGUUUGGGGAAAUGAAAUCGUAAUCAAAACAUCCUGUUUUUCUGGGGUCCGAAGCAAUAUUUGGAUGCAGCAGUGCUGGAUUCUUUUUAAUUUCAGUGUUAUUAGGAACUGUACUACCAGUAAAACUGAAUUUGAGUGACUUGUGUAGAGGUUUAUUCCUUUUGUUAUGUAUACCACUAUUACACAGCUUGACCUAGUGUAUUAUGGGGGCUAUUAAACUCUAAAGUUUAGAUUUUUGGAGCUUGUAUACAGGGUUAUUUAUAUAAUAAUGUGACAUUACUCAAUACUGACAAAACUACUUAGGUAGUUUUUUGGGUUUGGGGGUUGUUGGGGGGUUUUUGGUUUUUUGUUUUGGUUUUUUUUUCUGUUUGUUUUGUUUUUUUAAUCUAGUGCUUUUUUAUUUUAAAGUUAGAGAAAAGGAGGAAAUGUGAUCUGUGUAGUUUCUUGCUAAAGGGCCUGUGGUUUGCCUGGCUAACAGCCUUGCAGGUCAGUAAUAACACUUCCUGGUAAAGGACUAAAUGUUCUCUUCACGCUACUGUUUGUUUUUCUAAAACCAGGAUUUGCUUCCUUUGGAGGCAGGUUGCUUUCGUGAGGGAUAGUGCAACUUGUUUGAGGGUUAUUAAACAUAGGAAAAAAACAUUUGUACUUGCACAGCUAGUUAUAAAUCACUUAUUCUAAAAUUCUGAACGUGAGUUGUCUUAAAGAAUCUUACAUUUUCCAGUAAUUUUUAUUCCUUUUUUGUGCACAUGUUGAUUUCCUAAAUGUUAAAUGCUUUGUUUAAAAAUAGUGUUCUCUGUUGAGAAUAUUUUCACGGAAUAAAAAAAUCUUUUCAUGGCCUAA